AUGGGGGCAUUCGUUGUGACCCUGGGGAUUUUCCACUCCCUGGGACUUUACCUCCAACUCAGCGGCGCCACGAGGCCCGGGGGACAAGCUCCUUGGGACAACCACAUCUCCGGGAACGCCUUGUUCACAGAGACUCCCCAUGACAUGACUGCCCGGAGUGGCGAGGAUGUGGAGAUGGCUUGCUCCUUCCGGGGCAGUGGCUCCCCUUCCUACUCCCUGGAGAUCCAGUGGUGGUACGUCCGCAAUCACAAGGACUGGACGGACAAACAGACGUGGGCAUCUAACCAGCUCAAGGCAUCUCAGCAGGAAGAAGCUGGAAAGGAGGCCACGAAAAUAAGCGUGGUCAAGGUGGUUGGCAGCAAUAUCUCUCACAAGCUCCGCCUUUCUCGGGUGAAGCCCACAGAUGAAGGGACCUAUGAGUGCCGAGUGAUUGAUUUCAGUGAUGGCAAGGCCCGACACCACAAGGUCAAAGCCUAUCUUCGAGUGGACCCUGGAGAGAACUCCGUCCUUCAUCACCAUGGUCAUGGCCCCUCUCUCCACUUGCAGGAUACCCCACUGUUGGGGGGGCAGCCUGCAGCUCCAGCCCCACCCCCACCACCCCCUAAGCCAGGCAAGGAGCUGAAGAAGCGGUCAGUAGACGCUGCCUGUGCUCUGUAG